AUGGUUGUUCACGAAAUGCUUGAUGGGCUUGUUUCUGAUCAUCACAGAUCCAUAAUUGCAAGUGCUCACCGAAUUCUCCCUCUCACCCCACACUUUUUUUGUAUCCAUCAUCUUGAUACCAAUGUGGCAACCAAUGUCUGUCGCAGUCUGGGCUCCCAAUGGUCAGAGUUUACACAGAUGUUCUGGCAGGUGUACCAUGCCGUUUCCCCUGAAGAGUUCGAUUGCCUUUGGCUUAUUCUUCUAACCCACUUCCCCUCUGCUCGACAGUACCUCGAGGAUGAGUUAUAUCCUUGCCGAUCUCAAUGGGCAUGGGCAUAUACUAGUUUCCAAUUUACGUGUGGUGUCCGCACCAAUGGCUGUGUUGAAGGAGAGAACAGGGUCAACAAGACCAUCGGCGGUCCUAAGAAAAGCACAAUACAAUUAUUUAAUGGCGUCAACGAGCGCACAACUGGUCAGGGUGUCCAGGAUAUGAUUCGCGUUCAUGAAGCUUCGCGUCGCCAGCAUGCUGGACCUAUCAAGUCAGUCUUUCCAGGGCCACUCCAAGUACUUAGAAUGUAUGUAGGACCACAUGCACUUCAGAGAAGUUUUAAAGAGAUGGAAUUGAGCAUGUUCUAUCACAUGGAGGUUUUACAACAGCCAGAUGGUGUUCGGGAUUGGCAUAUGGUAAAUAGGUUUGAAAAUGAUACCUCCUACAUCGGCACAGCUUGGCUGCUCCGUUUGGCACAAGGUCAGGGUCUACAAGUCCAACAUCUGCUGCGCAUUACCCAUCUAGGACAUGGGACCACCCAUAUCCUUGCCAUAUUACCCAACAAUCAGUAUGUGUGUAAUUGUUGCAUGGGUAUGAAUAUUGGCAUUCCCUGCUGCCACUACUUUCAAGCUCUCAGUGUUGUGACAAACCUCCACUUUAUCAUUGGAGUUGUUCGAGCAUGGUAA